AGAAAAGGAUUUUGAUUAUACAUGAAAAAACAAAAAAGGACCCCCAAAAGAAAAGGGAAGAAGGGUAUGAAGGCAAACUAAAGCAGAGCUUACCUUACCACACCACCUUUUCUUUCUGCCUUAGUGGGUUUUGCUCUUUGCUUAAUUUGCUUUGCCUUUGCUUUAGUGAGAGAGGGUCUCAAAGUUGAUAGGCGCACUCAAAUCCAUUUCCUCCUCUCUUUCGCAAAAAAAAUAUGCAACAUUGUUCAAAAGAGAGGCUCGUUUGGCUGUUCUACAAUGCCUCCAGCUUCUCCCUCCUCCUCUUCCUCUUCCUCUACUCCUCCAUUUCUCUUCUCCUCACCUUCCUCACCUUCAUCGGCAGCUACCCAAUCCUCUACAGAGAUCCCACCGAAGAGUACGUCCUCACCUCCGACGAAGAAGAGGAGGAAGAAGAAGAAGAAGAAGAAGAAAAAGAGGACCACAACGAUGCCUACUACCACCAGAGCCGCAGCCCAUUCGGGUUUACCGAGUUCCUGAUCGACCCGACCCUGUUGCCCGAAGAGGAAGAAGAAGAAGACCAGGGGAGCAGCUAUGGCAGUGGUACUAGUGAUGAACUGUUCUCGUCGGUCCUUGGCUCGUCACCAGGAUCAGAAUCCGGCGACGUCGAAGACGAAACACAGAUUCACACGGCAGAUAAUCAUCAUGCUGAUGCUCUCCCUGAUUCUGUCCCGAAUCGACAAGGACCCACAUCACGGGUCACCAUAAACCUCCAAGAAACCACCACCCAUUCUGCUUUUCUUGACCCUGACGCAACCUACGCAGAGAAGCAAGACUCUAGGAAGAAGAACAAGGAGAAAGCAGAGGAGUUUCGUACCGAGGUGGAGGAGAAGUUUUUGGUCUUCGAGCCGACCCAGUUGGAUUCCAGGAAGUUUGUUCAUCAAGCAACUCAGUGGAAGGACAUUAUCGACGACGAUGACCGCGACGACGAACGAGAGGAGAUAUUCGGGGAUUCGUGUACCGUGGGUUCCACGUCAAAGAGCUCCACCGAGUGGAGAAGCUCGAUUAAGGAUUCGGGCACAGAAGACCCGUUCUCCUCUUCUUCCCGACGAAGCUGCCCCAAAUGGGAAUCCUACACCGUUUUCCAGAAGUACGACGAGGAAAUGAUCUUCCUCAACCGAAUCAGCGCCCAGAAGCUUCAGGAAACAGAGUCGCUGAGGUCGAUAAAAGUGUGCCCGAGGUCGAUUUCGGACAGGAUAGUGCACAAGAUUGCGACCAUUAACAAGAAACCUUCCGAGUUACGGCAGAAUCCUUAUCACGAGCUGGAAUCUGCUUACGUAGCUCAGAUUUGCUUGACCUGGGAAGCGCUCAACUGGAACUACAUCAGCUUCCUGCGCAAGAGAGCUACAGAGCGUGAUUUCGAUCCAGGCUGCCCGGCCCAUAUAGCGCAACAGUUCCAGCAGUUUCAAGUUCUUCUUCAGAGGUACGUCGAGAAUGAGCCAUAUGAGCAAGGAAGGAGGCCUGAGGUUUAUGCCAGGAUGAGGCUUUUGGCACCCAAGUUGCUUCUCGUUCCAGAAUACAGAGGUAAGCAGGUCACCCCUGUUUUUUUUCUACCCCCUUUGUUUACAGCAUUACUUACUGUUCAAUUACUGACUUUUGGUUCUGUACAUUUGUGUGUCAAAGAUACCGAGGAAGAUCAGAAGGAUGAAGGGUUCAGCUCAAGAAUCACAUCAGCUGCAUUCCUGAUGAUUAUGGAAGACGGGAUUCGGACGUUCAUGUGCUUUCUCAGGGCUGAUAAGGAGAGGCCCUGCCAGAUUAUAGCAUCAUUCUUCAAGAGAAACAGAAGAGCCUUGGUCGAUCCCGCACUCCUCAAUCUGAUGAAGAAAGUCAACAGAAAAAAGAAGAUGAAGCUGAAGGAUCUACGGCGGUCCGGGAAAUGCCUAAGGAAGAGGAAACUGAAGGUGGAGGAAGAGAUGGAGAUACUGAUGGGAUUGAUCGACCUCCAGGUGGUGUCGAGGGUACUGAGAACCAGCGAUCUAAGCGAGCAGCAAUUGCAUUGGUGUGAAGAGAAGAUGAGCAAAGUAAGAGUCAUGGAUGGGAAGCUCAAAAGAGAUCCCUCGCCACUGUUCUUCCCAGCACAUUAACAAAGAGAAGAUUGAGACCCACCACAACAACAACAAACACCACCAAAAUUUCUAAAUGUUUACUUUGUUUCCUCCCUUUUUUGUUGCUUUGAUGACUAGACUAGAUUAGAUUAUGAAUGUGCAUGGGACUGCAGAUGCACAGAAAUGAAUAUCCCUCUCCUGCAACCUUUUGUAUAUACUGAAAGAGAGAAAAGGAAAAGUCACCCUAAAGUAGAGAGAGAGAGAGAAGGGAGCCUGUGAUUGAAGUGACAACAUGUGGGAAGUGACGUGGAAUUAGAGGAGAUUCAGAUUUAGAGGACAGGAGUAAUAAAGGAAGAUGCAUCAUAAUGCAAUAGCAAGAAGCAAAGAAUGAAAGUGAAAGAAGAAGAAGACCCAGAGACAAAGCAAGGAACAUGAAGAAGAUAGAGACAAGGAUGGAUAGCUUUACUUUAGUUUACUUUUGAUUUUGGGUAUUAGCUUUUUGGAAAGGAGAAAAGAGAGAAUUAGGGCAGGGUUUAUCUAUCUACAAGCUGAAGGGAAAGCUGGUCGUUACACGUUUAGAUGGCGGGAAGUAGGAAUAAUGAUUUUUAAAUCGAAAUAAAAAGGGUAGUAGCAGACCUGGAGAAGGAAAGAACAUUAGUUGGUUCAAGCAAUAACUAGACAUUUAGCAGGUAGUCAUAUGAAGGAAAGCAGGGUGGGGGGGAAAUAAAUGUCAACAGGAAGCUACUGCAAAAGUGCCUUAAUUCAUGAUUUGGAUGUGUAUGAAUGCAGCUUCUUAUUUAUGACAG